AUGGCCUACCGGCCGACGUCCCUCGACUUCAUCAACCGGCCAAACCCGGUAGAGCCGCAGUCGGUCCAGCAAAAUCACCCACUAAACGACGCACCUCGACUGGAACAGAGCAGCAAAGAGGAGUUCCCGCGACUUCUGUGGGACAAUGAUGAUACCAGUCCCUCUGAGGAACGUCCUUCCAAGCGUCGGAAGUCGGGAGAUGCUCGACCUAAAGUGCUGAAUCUUCCGCGACCGCCUGCGGUCAAGAGUCACACAAAGCGAAUGCUCAUUCCGCCUACACUGUCAGGACUGCAUCAACCUCCGCCGGACGCUGGGCUUUUGCCAAGCAUAUCUACUGGCCAGCCAGUUAGAGACACAGGGAGAUCACUGGCUAACGAAGCUGAUGCUGCGCCAAAGCCGACUUCUGCUGCUCAGGAAACGGAGUCUCAUGCUCGUGCGAAGCCGAGUCCGAAGGCUGCUCCAAAGGAUGUCUUCGCCACGCCCACUUCAACAUCCAAGCGUAACAAGUGGUCCGAAGAGGAAACGGCGCAGCUUUUGAAGGGAGUGGCAAGGUUUGGCAUGGGCAAUUGGACCCGGAUUCUCAAAUGUACCGACUAUACUUUCGAGAGCCGAACAGCGAUCGAUCUCAAGGACCGAUUCCGAGUCUGCUGCCCGGAUGAGUACGCUGCUUCGAAGAAGCCGAAGCGUGCGGUGCACGAACAGAGCUCCGAACAGGUUCAACCUUCUGACAAACGCCUUCCGGAGAAGCCAGCUUCGUCGAGGUUAGAGCGAAAAUCGUCCGUCGAAUUACGCAAGAUGGGCAUCGAAGAGCCAUUCAGCAAGUCCAAACGAAGACCGCGAACUGCAUACAGCAAGGAAGAAGAUGACGCUUUGCUAGAAGGCUUCGAGAAGUACGGCAACUCGUGGGCAUCUAUCCAACAGGACGAGGCGCUCCGUCUCAGCCAUCGGCAGCCGACUGACCUGAGAGACCGCUUCCGGACCAAGCAUCCGGAGCGUUACAAGCAAGCGGGGCUGGCGCCGCGGCCGGAAGUCUUUCCCAAGAAGCCUGAUCGAAGACGAAUUAUCAUCUCUACGGCUAGACAGGAGGAUUCGAAUGAUGAUCCAACGUCAACAAAGGACGCCAGCAAUGUUACGACCGCGCAUGAUCAUCGUCCGGCACCCAAAGAAAUGGAGAGCAAUGAUCAAGCUACAUCUGGACCGCCCAAGCCCGCGCCGAUCACCUCGCUCCUCCCUUACGACGACGUGUUCUGGGGCGCACCCUUUUCGCACGGCGACAACGAGUUCGACCGGCCAACGCUGGACAGACAAAUCCUCGACUGGCCACUUGACAUCGCGCGCCCAGCUCCUACUACAUCAAGCGCCAGCAUCAACCCGCUUGUGACCGUGAAGCCCCCUGUGCCCCGCCACAACUACACGGACGGUCGUGCAGUUCUAGGUGGAUCACAAAGCAGCGGUGCACUGCCCUCUCUUGCCGCAAUAACGGCGACUGCUGGUUCGGAUGGCGACUUCAUGGAGCAUUUGGAGCUGCCGGAACUCGUCGGUGUGUUGGGAGACAUGGGCUACGAGAGCAACAAAGGUGGACAGAUACCCAGUUUGGAGGAGCUCAUGAGCUAG